UAGUAAUGGUAGAUGUAGGUACAGAUAUUGUAGCAGUAGUGGUAGUAGUAGUAGAUGUAGGUACAGAUGUUGUAGCAGUAACGAUAGUAGUAGUAGAUGUAGAUGCAGAUAUUGUAGCAGUAGCAGUAGUAGUGGUAGAUGUAGAUGCAGAUGUUGUAGCAGUAGCAGUAGUAGUAGUAGAUGUAGGUGCAAAUGCAAUAUCAGUAGUAGUAGUGGCAGAUAUUGAUGCAGGAGUAGUAGUGGUAAAUGUAGAUGCCAGUGUGAUAUCAGUAGUAGUAGAUGUAGGUGCAGUAGCAGUAGUAGUAGUAGAU